UAACUCAACAAUUUCGGGACAGUCAGCGUAUGGUAAUUUCUCCCCGCCCCCCCAGUUUCCGCAAGUUAUUUAAACGCCAGUGCAGGUUUACAACACCGACUCCAUGCGACCUGAAAUUAUUUGUUUCUUGCUGCCUCUCUUUGGUGGGAUAGGAACUGAAGCUAACACGAUGUUGUACUCGAAAAAAUGUCGGACGGAACCGACGACUUAUUGGAACCAACAAUGGAUGCGAUGUGUACCGUGCGAAACAAGUUUUCAUAAGCGUGCAGGGCACCAGUUUGCCCCAAACUGCGGCAGGCAAGACGAUGGUGGGCAACCCGCUCCAAUGCAUGAACCAUGCGAAGAAGGCACAUUCAAUGAUGGGAGUUUCCUGACAUGCAGAAAAUGCACACUGUGCCCCCCAGGCCAACCAACACUGGCAUCGUGCAGUACUACCAUGGACACACGCUGCUGUGAAAAGGGAGUGAUCAUUCACAAGGAGUGCCAGAGACCUGAAACCAAGGAGUUCUACCUGGAGUCCACAUCGUCCACAUCCUCCCCAUCAUCCACAUCAUCCACAUCCUCCCUAUCAUCCGCAUCGUUCACCUACGGAUGGAUUGCUGUUGUGCUGCUGUUUCCCGUCCUGCUCCUUUUACUCGUUUUGAUACUCAAGAAAGCAAAGUGUCGCAGAGGAGGGGACCCGACUGAAGUCAAGAAAAAUGUGAGCUUUUUACCACCAUACAAGGACAAGAAUGUGGAUGAGCUUUUAGCUGUCCGCAUACAGGAGGCUCCGCUGCAGUCAGUGCUGGAUAACCUGGACGUCCUCGAGGAGCUCGUCAUGCUGCUGGACCCGGACAGCUCUGUUGCCAAGACAACGCGCCACGUGGCAACGCACUGCUCUUUCUCCGCCACGUGGAUCAACUACGCCUACUCCAUGAGGGACACCAAGAGCCCUCUGAAGGCCGUGCUGGAGGCGGUCACCACCAAGUUCCCAGACUGGACCGUCGGUCACCUGGCGCGGGUGUUUAACGAUAUCGGCCGCAACGAUGCGGUGGUGGUACUGGCAAAGCUCCCCCUUCUCGGGUACAAGCAUUGCCACAAUUCACACAAUUUCAAUAGCAGGAUGUCAUUUUUCUGAAAGAAAUGUAUUUAUUUAUUAUUUUUUUUUUUUUUAACGCAGAGUGGGAGAAACUAACGAAACUCCAAAGGGGUGAAUAAACUCAAAAGAAUACUUAAGAACUAAAAAAAAAAACACAGAACAGAACACAGGCAGGACGGAA